AUGGCCCCGUGGCCCGCACCUCCUCCGCCUCCGCCUCCGCCUCCGUCUCUCGCCGCGCCGCCGCCACCCGGCGUCUCGGCUAAGGGCCCGCCGGCGCGCAAGCUGCUUUUCAUGUGCACCUUGUCCCUGUCCGUCACCUACCUGUGCUACAGCCUCCUGGGCGGCUCGGGCUCCCUGCCAUUCCCCCUGGCGCUGCAGGAGCCGCCGGGCGCCGCCGAGCCCCCGCCACCCUCGCUGCCGCCUCCCCCCGUGCGCCUCGGCGCCCCCUCGCAGCCGCCCGCGCCGCCGCCGCCGCCGCCGGACGACGCGAGCCGUGGGGAGCCGCCCGAGCCCCCCAGGCAGCCCGCCGCCCCCGGGGCCGACGGCUGGGGGCUGGCGAGCGGCAGCGGGGGCGCCCGGGACGCCUGGCUCCGGACCCCGCUGACCCCCGGCGAGAUGGUCACGGCGCAGAGCGCGCUGCUGGAGAGGGAAGUGCCGGAGUCCAGCACCACGGACGAGGAGCUCGCAGGCCGGAGGGCGGCCAACGGGAGCGGCAACGCCGUCAGCACCCCCGACUACGGCGAGAAGAAGCUGCCCCAGGCGCUGAUCAUCGGGGUCAAGAAAGGAGGGACCCGCGCGCUGCUGGAGGCCAUCCGAGUGCACCCGGACGUGCGGGCGGUGGGCGUAGAGCCGCACUUCUUCGACAGGAACUACGAGAAGGGGCUGGAGUGGUACAGAAAUGUGAUGCCCAAGACUUUGGAUGGGCAGUUAACCAUGGAGAAGACGCCAAGUUACUUUGUGACAAACGAGGCUCCCAAGCGCAUCCACUCCAUGGCCAAGGACAUCAAACUCAUCGUGGUGGUGAGGAACCCCGUGACCAGGGCCAUCUCCGACUACACCCAGACACUGUCAAAGAAACCCGAGAUCCCCACCUUCGAGGUGCUGGCCUUCAAAAAUCGGACCCUAGGGCUGAUCGACGCCUCCUGGAGCGCCAUUCGAAUAGGGAUCUAUGCUCUGCAUCUGGAAAACUGGCUCCAGUAUUUCCCCCUCUCUCAGAUCCUCUUCGUCAGUGGUGAGCGACUCAUAGUGGACCCCGCCGGGGAAAUGGCCAAAGUACAGGAUUUUCUAGGCCUCAAGCGUGUUGUGACUGAGAAACAUUUCUAUUUCAACAAAACCAAGGGGUUCCCUUGCUUAAAGAAGCCAGAAGACAGCAGUGCCCCCAGGUGCUUAGGCAAGAGCAAGGGUCGGACUCAUCCUCGCAUUGAUCCGGAUGUGAUCCACAGACUGCGGAAGUUCUACAAACCCUUCAACAUGAUGUUUUACCAAAUGACUGGUCAAGAUUUCCAGUGGGAACAGGAAGAGGGUGAUAAAUGA